AUGAACUACGCUUACGAGAACGUCGUCCCAAACUUCAGAGCUGAUGGCAAGUUGGUCAUCAUCACCGGUGGUUCUGGUGGUAUGGCUUCUGUUAUCUCUAGAGCUUUCCUUGCCCAAGGUGCUGCUGUCGCUCUUGUCGACAUUAACUUGGAGAGAACUAAGCAGGCUGCCAAGGAGGUUUUGGCUUGGGGCCAGGAGACUUUGAAGGGCCUGCACGAGCUGCCUAUUGGUGAGGUUUCCGCUUGGUCUUGUAACAUUGGUGAUGCUGAGAGUGUCACCACCACUUUUGCUGAGAUCAACGAACACCACAACAACGUUGCUGACGUUUUGGUGAACACUGCCGGCUACUGUGAGAACUUCCCAGCUGAGGACUACCCAGCUUCUAACGCUGAAGGCAUCAUGCGUGUUAACGGUUUGGGUGCUUUCUACGUUGCUCAGGCUUUUGCCAAACCAUUGAUUGAGAACAACAAGCGUGGUUCUAUCGUCAUGAUUGGCUCCAUGUCUGGUACCAUUGUCAACGACCCACAGCCACAGGCUAUGUACAACAUGGCCAAGGCUGGUGUCAUUCACUUGGUUAGAUCUUUGGCUUGUGAGUGGGCCAAGUACAACAUCCGUGUCAACACGGUGUCUCCAGGCUACAUCCUCACACCAUUGACUAGAAACGUUAUUGCGGGCAACACCGAGAUGAAGGAUGCUUGGGAGAGCAAGAUCCCAUUGCACAGAAUGGCCGACCCAAAGGAGUUUGUUGGCUCUAUCCUCUACUUGGCAUCUGAAUCCGCCUCGUCGUACACGACGGGUCACAAUUUGGUUGUGGAUGGUGGCUACGAAUGCUGGUAA